ACAGGACGAGAUUUUGAAAAGGCAGAUGGAUGACAAAAACGGGGCCAAGGCUGAUCUGGUAUCGUCCGGUGCUCCAUCAAAAGCUUGGGGCUCCGCAAACAGCCCUGUAUCGUCAGGGUCCGCUGCUUUGUCGGGUGCCCUGGGUGCUAAAAAAGUGGGAACAAAGUUCAAGUUGAACCCAAGGGCUGCUGCGUUCACGCCAUCGAGACCCCCUCAAAUGACACCUGUGCCACCCAAAGCCAGUCCAAAUAAGUCGGACAACUCUUCCCCAAGAACUCAUGGUCAGAGGCCAUACAGCAAUUCUUCGUCGUCGGGAUCCACUGGCAGGAGACAUUACCAGGUCUCACCUGCUGAUUUCUUUGGUGGUGUGGACAAAAUCCCCACCGCCCAAUCUCAAAAAGAGAAAGCAAAGCUCUUCAAGAACUCGUUCAACAUGUUUGCCGCCGCUGUCAAAGAACAUGAGGGCAAGUCAACGGCCCUUAUUCUCGAGAAGGCGUAUAAGACACCACCUACAUGGGACUCAACUGUCGACGAAAGAUAUGACAAGAUAGUUGUGAAACAAAGCUCCGGUAAAGUGCUCCCAGUAUCGCCUGUGCCGCACGCGCCUUUCAUGACAAGCCCAGUCAUGGCUGUUCCUACAGGCGUACCACCUAUGAUGGCCGCUGGGUAUAUGGGAUCUGCUGGUAAUGGAGGGAAAUUUCCAGUAUCACCUCAUAUGCAACAGCCAAUGGGCGGACAAUUCCAACAACAGUUCCACCCAUCGAUGAUGUACUCACAAUUCCAGGGUGGAGUUCCGCCCGGUCAACUACAAGUCAUGUAUGCGCCACCUGGAAUGGACCCCCUGCUUUUUUCUCCGGGUGGAUUUAUGAUGCCGGGGUAUAUGGGAAGCCCUGUCCCAAUGAACGGGGGCGCUUCGUUUCAAGGAGUGGCCCACAGUCACAUCAAGCUGGCCAGGGCACGGGCCACCAUCACAGUGGAAGACGCUUCAAUCAGAACAAGAGGACAGGAGGCAAUGACCGCUGAAAACCUGCGAAACGAGGAGAGUAAAAGAAGGUCGGAACAGAGGGGAUCUGAGCAGGAUAGGAAAGAUUCAAACAGGUACUGCGUCGGAGAGUUUGCAUGUCGGGUCUCAGGCAACGAGUAGCAUGGCUGCGAACGCUCUAUGGCGAACAAUUACGAUUGAAGUUAGCAAGAAUCUCAUAGAUAAAUCAGCUGGGGGUUCCGGGGAA